UGUAAGAUGAAAAUCGAACCUGAUCAAGACGAGGGCCAUGACCCGUUAAUUGUCAACAGUAUCUUAGCUGCCUUUUCAAAUUUCCCCAAACCAGAAGUUGAAUAUUUGCUUCUUGAAUCGGUUGAUAACAAUAGUACUAUACCCUUCAUUGAGAGAUAUCGAAAAAGUCAUGUUCAGAAUCUGAGCCCGAAUGAUAUGCGCGAGGUUCUUGAAACUUACGAAGAAUUAAAUCAAACUAGAAAAGCUAGUUUGAAUUUUCUGAAAAAGAACAGAACAUCGUUGCUGAAAUCGGAAGAAUCUGUGCUGUCGAAUUGUGUCGUAAAAGAUGAGUUAGAUCAAGUAAAAGAAUCAUUUAAAGCUCGCACUAACAAAAAAUGGACAGCAGAUCAUCAGAAUUUGGUAGACAAUGUCGUUGAGGAUGUUCUUAGAGGUGUUUUGAAGUAUGAAGAUGAUGUAAACCGGAGGCUAAAAGAUUUUCAACAAGAGAAGCCGAACGAAAUUGUGAACCUCGUGAAAGCAUCUGUAGUAAAUCGACUAAUUGCCGAAUGCUUCGAAUACUUAAAUAAUGUCAAGUCAUCUGUUAUGACCGACAGUCGGGUAAUGUUGCAGAGCGAAUUGAAAAAAACUUCGAAAACUGAUAAAAAGACCCCCAAAUCGGAAAAGAAAGAAGAUAACGUCGAAACUUAUGCGCCGUACCACAAUUUUCGAAAGCCAGUUUGUAGAAUGAUGUCAUAUCAGGUUAUGGCUAUCAACCGAGGCGAGACGCACAAAAUUUUGAAGGUUUCAAUUGAUAUUCCAGUCAAUUAUGAGAACUCAUUUUACUCAUUUGUUCAAAACUAUCUAGCGUGCACAUACAAAGUUAUGUUAGAUAAUCAUAAAAGUUCAGUUCUAACUGCGUGUGUUAGUGAUUGCUUUGUUAGAGUAAAAUCCAAAAUUACCAGGCAUGUUCGCAGCUGUUUGAAGUCGAAAGCCAUCAAAGACUCACUAGAAACGCUUCAAAAAAAUCUCAAACAGACUUUGGCUGCUGAGCCCGUGAAAACCGGAGUUAUAAUGGGAAUCGACCCUGGUUUCAAAAAUGGGUGUAAAAUUGGGAUUAUUGACAAUAAUAACAGAAUAUUAUUCACUGGAAAGUUGAAUUUGACGACUAGUGUCAAUGGGCAAGAUGUGAAGUUGAAAGAACUGUUGGAUCAGUAUGAAGUUGGUUACAUCGCCCUUGGUAAUGGAACUGGUUGCAACCAAGUCGAAAGCUUGAUAUGUAUACUUUUGACAAAUAUUCGAGGGCCAACCGAACCUAAACUUACUACAAUUGGCGAGGCAGGAGUUUCAAUUUGGAGUGUGAGCUCGGAGGCCGAGAAAGAGUUUCCUAAUAUGGAAGCAGGACUUCGAAGUGCAAUCUCAUUGGCCAGACGACUCAGAGAUCCAAUCAGCGAGUUGUCUCGGGUACCUCCGCAAAACUUAUCAGUCGGACAAUAUCAACACGACUUGCCGAAUGCAAAGACAGUGAUUUCAAUGAAAGACACUCUUCAGGAGUUUGUGUCUUUCUCUGGCGUGGAUCUGAAUACAGCAGGUGCACAUGUGCUUCAACAUGUCGCUGGGUUGGGACCUGGUCUGGCUGAAAAAAUUGUCAAGUGCAGAGAGAAUAUGCCAGAUUGCAGAUUCGUAUCGAGAGAGCAAUUGAGAAGUGCAGUUAAGGGACUGGGAGAGAAGACGUUUGAGCAAUGCGCAGGGUUCGUCAAAAUAUACCCAAGUUGCCAGAACCAAAGUGUAAUUGAAUCUAAAAUCAGAAAGAUUGGCCAAAAAUGGCAAUCGGACAGCAGAACAGUAAAUGAUGACGAUCCAAGUGCGAAGAAACGGAAAACUGGGACUGCGAAAACAACAAAACAGAGUAAAACUGGCGAGAAAUAUUUCGAAGAAAAUCCAUUUGACGUGACGAAUAUACAUCCCAGUAUGUAUUCUAUAGCAGAACAAGUCCUUCAUUGCUUGAGCAUGAACAAAAUUUCAUCAGAUGAUAUUUUAAACGGCGUUGUGAGCAGAACAAUUUCACGAAAGCUGAAUGAAAUUGAAAGUAUGCGACAAAAGUACAAAUUGAUGGACAAGGAUAUUUUGAACGAUUUCGAGUUUGUUGUGAAAUGUUUGUCGUUUUCAGAGCAAGACAGGCUGAACGAAAUGAGUAAUCUGAAACGAGCGAGAGUUUUCAUUGACCGAAAAGAAGCGCUGAAAAAGUUUUCAGGUUCAACUAACGAAGAGGUUAAAUUAAAUUCAGAAUAUGCUGGAAAGGUUGUUAAUGUCACAGAUUUUGGCGCGUUUGUUGAAUUGAGGAACUGUUGCGAUUUAAAGAGUUCGAAAGUUGUAGGAUUGGCCCCCAUGUCGCUAAAUGGACCUGGAUUGAUUCAAUCGCUUCAAAUUGGACAAAAUGUACAAGUGAAGGUGACAAAAAUUGAUGUUGUAAAAGGACAUUUUACUUUAAAAAUUAUUGAAUGAUGAAUUGUUUUGAGUUUGUUUAUAUUGGUUUACUAUUUAAUAUUGGUGAGAAAUAUUAUUAAGAGUAAUUUUUUAUACGCUGAAGUUAUGGAAAAUAAUUUUAAACGCAAGUAAUGCAAAGCUCCGCUUUGCCUCUGUCAGUUUCUUGCACUUUUUUUCACCUCUGUGUUAAAGUUAGUUUUGGUGAAUUUUGCAGAUUUCUGAUUGGGUGAGUUUUAAUUAGGACAUAGUUCACUAAGUUGAUGCCAUUUAUUGUGGG